AUGCCCAAAACGGUGAUCAAGAACGCUCUGGUCUUUGACGGCGAAAACAUCAACGAGCCCAGGACCGUCAUCAUUGAUGGACCUCAGAUUGUAGAAGAUGAAGAGGGAGGAAGUAAUGCAGACACUGUGAUUGACGGCACAGGCUGUACCUUGCUGCCCGGACUCAUCGACUGUCAUGUGCACAUUGACAGCGUGGAGCAGCUAGCCUCGUGCGCGUCCUACGGCGUCACGACUGUCUGCGACAUGGCCUGCUGGCCUCCGGAGAAGUACGAGAAGCUGCACUCGGCGGAUGUGGCGACGCGCUGGCUGGGGUCGGGGCUGCCGGCAUUUGCGGAGAAGUCGACACACGGCCGGCUCAUGCGGUUCGCAGGCGUUGGGAUGGAGAAGGCUGUACGGGGCACGGAGGAGGCUGCCAUGUUCGUGGAGGACAGGGUACGCCAGGGCGUCGACUACAUCAAGAUCAUCGCGGAUGCCCCGGGGAUCGAGCAGGAGUCCCUGGACGAGCUUCAGCGGAGUGCGGUGCAACAUGGCAAGAUGACUGUGGCUCAUACUGCCCACUACGACGCCUUUACGCGCGGCUUACAGGCCGGCUUCAACAUCCUGACUCACGCACCCAUGGACAAGGCUCUGGACAGCCAGAUCACAAACAAGAUGGUACAGCGGCAGACCAUUGCGGUACCGACGUUGACAAUGAUGGAGACCUUUGCCGGCAGCUGGGUGCUGACGCUGUUCAAGGGUCGCAUGAACUUUCAAAACGCCGUAGACAGCGUGGCUGCAAUGCACCGAGCUGGCGUGCCCAUCCUCGCGGGCACCGAUACGAACAACAACCCGUUCAUGAGCGUUAGGUGUGGGAAGUCGCUUCAUCACGAGCUGGAGCUUCUGGUCAGGGCUGGGCUCACUCCCACCGAGGCGCUAAGGGCUGCCACAUCCCUUGCUGCCAAGUCCUUCGGCAUUGACGACAGAGGGACAAUUGGCCCCGGCCUCAAGGCUGAUUUGCUUCUAGUCGAAGGAGACCCCACGAAAGAUAUCACAGCUACACGGAGGCUUCGGAGGAUAUGGAGUGGGGGCAAAGCCAUCGAGCUGGCCAAGGAAGAAGGAAGCUGUACGCUUAUGUGA